AUGGAGAGUGCGCACACUCUCCGCUAUGAUAUGGCGAAGACAGCGGCAAUAUGUACAAGUGUGCAAGAGGCGACAACACGCAAGCUGUCGGGGCUGGCAGAUGAACAGAUUCGCGCGGCGAAAGCGGGAUAUGCGGAUUGCGGGACUACCAUCGCUGGACUUCGCGAUCGCAUCAGACAACUCCACGAUGAUGUUGAAGAGUGGGAAACCAAGCACACGGAAUGUUCGGAGCAAGAGAAAACACUGGAUCAAGUUCAGAAGCGGCUCGAAGGACUCCAACAGGAGAGCAAUGCUCAGAAGGGAACACUCCAGAGGGAAAUUGAUGCCCACAGGAGAACCCGAGAAGAACUAGAUGAGCGCAACACCCAGACGGAGAAGUUGCAGAAGCUUAUCGAUGCCCACAUGGGAACUAUACAACGACUCCAGGAGGAGGCUGUCGCCUACAAGAGCGAUAUACAGCGCCUCAAAGCGCCGGCUCAGCAAGACGCCGCCUCUAUGACACAAUCUCAGAGACCGGUUGAACCCGAAAACUCGCCGCUGGAAGAACUUCGAAAGGUCGAAAAAGAUAUUUCGCAUCUAUGCACUCAUAUCAAACUGAUCGUCGACGAUCUCUCACGCACCGAUCCUGAUUUAAAUGCAAAGUACGAACGCAUGUUGAAAUUGAUAGCGACCAGGACGCAUCAUGAUAUCCGAAGAUCCAUCGGCGAUCCGAAUCAAAACGCAUCGCUGACAGACCUCGUUCGAGAGGCGCUGAUCAGCCAUGAUGUCCUCUACAUUACCUGUGGAGGAAUAGAGCAGGCGCUUCGGCGAAUGGCUGUCAACGUUGAAGAAUGGACGAAAGCUGUGGAUGAGAUCGCGGAAGACGGCAGGGAAUGGGAGCAGGACUGCCUGGCAGUUAUGGAGAAUGCAAAGGGUGAAAAUGCGACUGCGGUUGCGCGCCAUUCCGACUUGAUCAAGAAGCUUGACGCGAAAGACAAAGUCAUUGUCCGGCUCCGGGCUAUCAGACUUUCCAAAAAGCAAGUUGACUUGGAUUACUUGCUUGACUUGCUUGGUUUAAACCAAGCAAGCAAGUCAAUUGCCUCGGUUGAGUCCCAAACAGGCUAA